AUGUCUGAAAUAAAGGUCGAAAGUGCAGCACAACUUGAAAAUGAAAUAAAAAAGAUUCAAGAAACAUUUCAAGUAAAAGAAACAGAGCAUACGUGGCAAUUGUUUGAUGAUGCAUUAAAACGUCUAGUCUCUUUGAGUCGUGGUGGAGCUAUCAACUAUGAAAAAAUAUUCAUAUCCGGGAUAAAAUCUUUGAGACAGCCUAUUCUAGAUUCGGUACUCACUGAUCGGACACGGUUGUCUGGAACAGCAACAGAAUUGGUUGAAGAAAUUGGCAAAGUUCUCGGGCCAAAAUUCGAUACUCUAGCGGAAUCCAGAGCUCAAAAAUGCAUGAUGACAAUAAUCCGAGAGUGUCAUGUUUCGAAUUUAAUUCCAAAAUUUAAAGAGGCAUUACAAGGUCAAAGUAAAAUAUUGAGAACUUGUGCAUCUGAAUUUGUUCUCGUUAGUAUUGAGGUAAAUGAUGUUGGAAAUUUGAAUAAUUAUAUUGCUGAUUUGGAGUGGAUUAUUAGGGAGGGAGCAAUAGACUCUGCGCCUGCUGUCAGGACGACAUCAAAGAAAAUUUUCGAAAUUUACAAAGUAAAAUUUGAUUUACGACUAGAGGAGUUUGUCAACACUUUAUCUUCUACUGCGAAGAAGAAUUUGGGAAUUCAAGAACCAACGAGUAAUCAGCGUCCACGUAUUAAAACAUUACAAAAAAGUCGUAAAUAUAAUACGCAACAAAUGCAGGGUGACGUUAUCAUAUAUACAAAGGAUGACGAAAGUGCAAAAGACAAAAAACUAAAUAAAUACUCAAAGGAUGCCGAAAAUUCAAAAGACAAAAAACUAAAUAAAUACACGAAGGAUGACGAGAAUGCAAAAGAUAAAAAACUAAAUAGAUACACGAAAGAUGAUGAAAAUGCAAAAGACAAAAAACUAAAUGUCAUAUCUGAAAAAACGGCAACGAUUCAAACGUGGACAGUGGAUGUGAGACUACCACCAUCAAAAAAUCGAACAGAAAAUAAACCCGCACGACCACCGUCCCGUACUGUAAGCGUACCAGUCGCAAGCUCCGAUAAAACCAAACCUAUACAAGCAUCAACAAACAAGAAAAGAUCUACACCGUUUUCAUCAUAUAAACCACCUUUAGUUAAAGAGUCAAAAGCUGCUAUAAAUUCUAUACCAAAACCAUCAAAAGUGACAGCAACUGCCACGUCUACAACAGAGGGAUUGACAACUACGGCCACUAUAUCGGUAUCAAUCUCUGCGGCAUCUACUCCGUAUCGAACGCAAUCAAUGUCCAAAUAUGCGCCAUCAAGCGCACGUAUUAUCGGCAGAACAAAAGAUCGUCAAUAUACACCAUACGAAAAGCCGGCUAUCGGAUUCGCUACGCGAAAAAAUAAAAAUCGAAUACCGCAAGAUUCUUCGGAAUUGAGUGCCAAAUUGAAUGCUUAUGCCAACAAAAUAAUUGAAGAAUUGACUGGACAACAUGAAAAUAAUGGUGAAGAUAACGAAAACAUGACUUUAGAACUUAUUCCAAAAUUAGAGGAACAAAUUUUCGAGACAAAUACACCAAGAAGUAGGGUAUCACUUAAACAAGCAUUAUCAGCCACGCAAUCGAUUACUCCUAUGCCAUCUAAGCCUUCUCCUCCACUUACAUUUAUUGAUCCUGUAAAGUUUUUGGAAGAUGUUCGUGGGACUGAA